AUGGCAGAGGGACGAGAGUCCUGGUGCUACGGCCAUGAGGGCACCCUCACAGCACCAAAGACCCCCGACAGACGAGCCUGGAAUCACAAGACACCCAGAAGCAUCAAGAUACGAGCACCAUCUGAGGCUAGAUCCUCAACAUACAUGACCAGAUCCUCUCGUCAGGAGACCAAGUCCCCAACAUGUGCGGCUGGUUACUCAACACACGAGACCAGAUCUCCAACCUAUGAGGCUAGAUCUUCAACAUACAAGACCAGAUCUCCGACACCUGAGGCUAGAUCCUCAACACAUGAGGCUAGAUCCUCAGCACACUACAGUCCGUGGACGCCCAGGAAGUCUCAGGACUGCCUUAUAAUGUUGCCACAUUUGUCUUUCAGUCAUGACCACACAGUGCUAGUCGACGUAUACCAGUUCAACACCAGCAGGAAGUUGGUCCCAGCCAGAGGAGGGAGACCACUGUGGGAUCCCAACCAUGUUAAAAUGCCAUACUCCGAAGAAAACAAACACACACAGUCAAAACUAGUGGUAAUGACUGAGACAGUGACACGAUGGUCUGCCAUCACCAAACAGCUGGGGAAGCUUCAACAAGGCUCAUUUACCGUGUCUGAUGUCGGGAAAUUCAUUAAGCGCUACAACCCACAGUAUGAAGACACCUGGACCUUUGUUGGUUUGGAGAGAUAUGUACAGGCGAUCCCUCUGCUUACGAAGUUCAGGGCCCAGUCCAUCACUCUUUCCCAGUACCAGAUCGCCUGUCUUCUGGCCAAUGCCUUCUUCUGCACAUUUCCUCGCCGCAACAGUACUGCCAGAGAUGCAGAAUUUGCCAACUACCCCACCAUCAACUUCAGCAGGUUCCUCUCUGUCCUUAACACUUAA